AUGGCCGAUCGGCUUAUGGAAAUGCACGGUUUUUCCAAGCCGUCACUUUCAGCACUCUCAACUCCUCCUGCGUCUGCCCUUUCGAAGUUGGAAAUCGGGCUCACCAAGCUGGACGGUGGUAUAGCUUCCCUCCAGAGGCAGACACUUUCUCCCUCAUCUCAGAGCCAAUCGAAGUUGCCCACCCCGCAUGUCCAUUUUGUACAUCCGGCCCGUUCCAACACAGCCGUCACCUGCUGGAACCACAUCACCUUCGGUGCUAAAGCUCGCCGCUGCAUCUAUCCCUGCUCCACCUCCAUACAAAGCAAACGAGUCAACCCGAAGGUCAGUGCAGCCAAUCUUCCCGACAGCUUUAACCCUGGUCGCACAUUUUACGUCCACGACAACCGGAGUGGCAGACGUUUCUUGGUUGACAUUGGUGCCCAGCUAAGUGUCAUUCCACCCACACCCGCUGGUCGUCGGAGCCCCAAGCUCGACCUUUUCUUACAGGCUGUCAACACAUCGGUCUCCGGCGUCUUUUCCCUUGGGUCUUCGUCGUUGGUGUGCUAUUCUCGGUGCAGACUUCCUCGCCGCUUUCGAUCUUCUGGUCGACUGCCGUCAGUCCCGUUUACAUGAAAAGACCACCAACCUCACCAUUCGGGGUAUCUCUUCCUCCGACACUUCCCCUCAACUCGCCGCUUUGGACCCUGAACACGAGAGUCCAUUUCGGCAACCUCAGUGCAUCUAUUCUACGACACGACGUUGUUCAUAACAUCCGGACCACUGGCCCUCCUGUGUUUUCUCGGCCCCACAGUCUCGCGCCUGCACGUCUUGUUGUCGCCAGGGCCGAAUUCGAGCAUGUGCUUCAGACGGGCAUCAUUCGUCAAUCCGAAAUCUCAUGGACCUCACCACUCCACGUGGUCCCAAAGGCCGCCACUGGUGACUGGCACCCCUGCGGUGAUUACCGGGUCCUGAACAACGUUACUGUCCCUGACCGCUACCCUGUCCCACAUCUUCAGAUGCUUGCCUGUGCCCUGGUCGGCAAAUCCGUGUUCUCGAAGACUGAUCUGAUCCGUGCCUUCCAUCAAAUUCCCAUAGCCCCAGAGGACGUUUCGAAGACGGUCGUCACCACCCCUUUGGCCUCUUUGAGUUACUGCGCAUGCGGUUGGGACUCCAUAACGCCUCCCAGACCUUUCAGAGGUUUGUAGACAGAGUGCUUCGCGGCCUAUCAUUUGUCUACGCCUAUAUCGACGACCUUCUGGUAGCCAGCUCCACCGCCGAAGAACACAGGGAGCAUCUGGCAACGGUGUUUGACCGCCUUCAACAAUUUGGCAUUGUUCUCAACCCGUCCAAGUGCGUCUUCGGUGUGCCCUCCCUGGAAUUUAGCAGUCAUCUGGUCGACUCCCACGGCAUCCAUCCUCUUCCCUCGAAGGUUGCGGCCAUCCGUGAUUUCCCACCUCCGUCUUCCAAUCGUCAGCUGCAGCGAUUUCUGGAUAUGGUGAAUUUCUACCGCCGGUUCCUUCCGCACUGUGCCGACACCCUCCUGCCUCACACGAGCCUCCUCCAUGAUCCCAAACAUUCGUAA